CGAGAGUUGGGCCACUAGAUGUUUGUUGCUAGGGAGUUGGGCACUAAGGGCAGUAACAUAUUUGUCACUCCUGUAAGCAAUUACUUUACUGAGCUCAGGCCAAAAAAUAGCAUUUGUGUUGCAGCAGAAUUGAAAUGAAAUCAAGGCACAACGUCUUUUGGAUCGGUUUGCAGAGAAGGACGGUUGUGGUGAAACAGCAGGAGGGAACACUAGAAGAAUAGAUAGCUACUGUAAAAAUGGCAAAGAGUAAUUCUGCCAAGGCCUGAAGUUUCUUUGAAAAAGCCCAGAGAAAUCUGACUAUGCAUGAGAUAUAUACAGCUACAAACUGUCAUGGUUGGUGUAAUCAUGUAACUUGAAUAGAAAGAGUCAGUGGGUGGAAAUGUUAAUGCAGUGUUGUGAUGGAGUACAGAACUGUAGCUGAAUGAACCACAACUCCAGCUAAUAUGAAUGUGAUGAAUGAGACGUUAGCUCCAUAACUUGAACGUUAGAAUGAGACGUUAGCUCCGUAACAGUGAAAAUUAACUGUAGCACAGUGAUAGCAGAUGAAACCAAUUUCCUGGCCCUGAGUUGUCCCAAUCAAGUAUGUGAAUAAAAUUGUGUGUGUGCUUUUAGAAUUGGGGCCUUAAUGCUGAGGGGUCAAUUGACUUCAUGGCUCACUAUUAUCUACCUUAGGGGUGGGCAAAAUAUGGCCCAUGGGCUGAAUCCGCCCCACCAGGCACUUUCAUCUGGUUCACCGCACCCUGCAACAAAUUGCACCCUGCCCAGCCUUUCCACCCAUGAGACCCUGCAAAAUAUCCUAUUGGGGCUUGCUCCCAUCCUCUUGGGCAGAAGGGCUCUGCCUAGCCAGCAGCUUCCAGGGGGGCUCCUGCUGCAGCUGAAACCUGCUCACUCAGGGCAGCAGGCAGGGAAGUGGUGGGGCUGGUGGGGGGAGGAGGGGUUGCAUCUGGGCGGAAGCAGGAGCGCGGUGUGGAGCCUGUGCCCAGGGGGGCAACAGGAGUGUGGAGCUCAGCUGGGCAAGCUGUGGGGUGUAGGGACCUCCCCAAACACUCCCCACCAUGGUGUGCAGCCCCUGCUGCCAGCAAAAGCAGCAGGUGGGGAGGUCAGGGUGCUUGUGCCCGGCACAGGCGCCCGGUGGGGUGCAGCUCCAGCCAGCGCUGCCGGGGGGAAGGAGCAGAGCCUGCCCUAUUGCUGGGUCUCUGCUCCGCAUGCCUGCAGCUCCAGCACUCGCAGCAGGGGAAGCCCCACACUGGAGCCUACUGCCUCCCCCGCUUCCUGCUGCGCAGGUCCCCGCACUCUGCCAGGAGUGGAGGAAGCCCUGAGGUGUCCCCGCUGUGAGCAUGGAGCUGCAGGCACACGGUGUCAAGCCCCUGCAAUAGAGGUAGCCAGUGCAGUGCUGGGGACAAGGAGCCCUGGGGUGGGGGCAGCAAGGGGAAGGACUUCCAGCAAAGGUCAGGGGUUAUGGGGCAGGUCUUCUGGUCGCAAUGUGGCGACCAGGGGGUGGGGCAACUGUCAAGGGGCGGGGCUACCCAUGUGGCCUUCGAUGGCUCACCAAAACUUGUUACGUGACACUCCCCCUGAAAUAAAUGUCGCCCUUGAUUUACUUGAUCCUUUCUAAACUCUUAAUUCCACAGGUAUUAACAAACAUCCCUUCUUUUUAAGGGUCGUGAUGUUCCACCGAUCAAGCCAUCCUUUGUUCUGUAAGCCUGCUGUCUUGUAGCGGGUCCUGGUCAUGUAGCUCCUAUUUCACAGCCUUGCAGAUUGUUUUUAACUCAUUCCAAUUAAGUUAUAUUUGUUUUUGAUUCAAUCUUGAACUGAAUACACAGCCCACGGCCCCUAGAUUUUUAGUAAAGUCUGUAGUUUAUUUUUAACAGGAAAAAAAUACAUUUUGUUUCAUAUGUGAUGAUGCACCCCACCAUCUGCCCCUCCCUUUUCAAAAUCCUAGAUCUGCCAAUAGAAAUCAGUGCCCAAAACAAAGAGU